AUGGCGGUAAUAUAUUGGCUAAGACUUCUAUUAAUUGGAUUGUUUCCGUAUUUAUGUGUGCAACAAAAUAUACAACAAAACAAAGAUCAAAUUAUAUUUUACUACAAUAAUACGUACAAAUACAAUCAGUCCUACACGUUUUACGUUAAUAAGAGCACGGAGUACAUCCUCGAGUUUGCUGGGGACGAAGAAGCCUAUGACACUCCAGCGAGAGUUACAGUCGCAAGCGACUUUGCUAACAGAACGUAUCCUUUGUUUAUAACUGCGAGACAGCAGAAAGGGGUCUUUUCAUGGCAGUUACCAAUGCUGGUGCAAACUCCAGACAGUUUGGAACAGUUCACCAACAUAUCAAGGACAUUAUGUCCUCACAAUAAUCUAUACUCCGAAGAUGAAGAUACGUGUGACGUAUCAGCGCUCAACACUCCAAUAGUCCACCUGACAUCGUCUUCUCCAGACUCCAUUCAAGUCACAAUAAAAGUCGAAACCGUCCAGGAUUUCUUCAUCAAACUGAAUCACACUACAAACCUGACCAGUUCACCUAGCCAGCCGAUGUAUUAUUUUUAUCCAUUCGACCAGCGAAACAACUUAGAUUUGUCUUACCAACAUGCCAAAAGGAAGUAUAUAUGUAAUUCGGCGUUGAGUGAACUGGAGCAGAAGAAGCUGGACCAUUAUUUCGUUCAGAGUAACUUGAUGCAGCAGUACGGUUGGUUCUCGAGGCCUAAAAGUGUGAUAGUCAUGAUAGAAUCAGAUGAUGAUAUUUGUGCUGUGGUCUCUAUACAGAAUUUUUCGUGUCCAGUAUUCGAUAAUGAACGAGAUAUACUGUAUGAUGGUUAUUAUUUGACUAUGACCAGAAGAGGAGGGAUCACGCUUACUCAAGAUACCUUCCCUCAUGGGUUCUACAUAGUCUUCAUAGUGAAGACUUCAGACGAAGAUUGUACGGACAAAGCGAAGAACACCACACUCCCAAAAAUGGCGCAGUACCUUGGGUGGGGGGAGCAGAAAGUGGUGCAACUGACCACCAACGAUGGCAGAGUCAAGCAGUUCAGAUUCAGAAUAAUUCAGACGAUAUCCUAUCAAGAAUAUUUGAUAGCAGCCGGUGUGGUUCUGGCCUUCUUUGGAUCCUUCUAUGUAGCCUUUGUGAUAGCUGUGUUCUGUAGAAAAACACCUUCCGUGGAAAUUGAUCAGGAGGAUCUAAGGUCCCCAAUGACUCCACACGAUGUUAGCACAGUCUCCGCGUACCCCAUCAUUCGAGAUGAAGUAAGAAGGCGACAGCCCACCAUGAAUAGCCGUGGGGAGCAUUCAUCACAGCGAUGUCUGACGGGGGAUGGUGACGUCAGCACCCAACGGGCAGAUGGCAGUUCAUCAUCAGACACAGAAUCUGACUUCUCAACCUUAGACGACAUUAACACAGAUAAGGACUUGUACAGACUCGGUGGGAGGCUGUGUGUCGCUAACUUGGCGAGAUGUCGCCCUCGUGUGCUGUCCGCCAGGUCCAAGAUGUAUCUGUGGAACGUUCUGACUGUCGCCGUGUUCUAUACGCUGCCUGUUAUACAGCUUGUUGUCACAUAUCAACGGCUCCUGAACCAAUCUGGUAACCAAGAUCUAUGCUACUUCAACUUCCUAUGUGCUCAUCCGCUGCUGGUGGUGUCAGACUUCAACCACGUGUACUCAAACCUGGGGUACGUUCUGCUCGGCUUGCUGUUCCUGGCCCAAGUGUGGCGCCGGCACAACAAACACCACGCCAAAACUUACACACAGAAAGAGCUGGGCAUCCCACAACACUUCGGUCUGCUGUACGCCAUGGGCAUAGCUCUUGUGAGCGAGGGGCUCCUCUCUGCUGCCUACCACGUUUGUCCAAAUAGCAUGAACUUUCAGUUUGAUACCUCAUUCAUGUACGUCACAUCUGUACUAUGUAUGGUCAAAAUAUACCAGUCUCGUCAUCCGGAUAUCAACGCGAGGGCUCACGCCACUUUCGGAGUACUAGCGCUUAUUAUAUUUAUAGGUCUCGUGGGUGUAUUGAACGCGAACUUCUACUUCUGGAUAGCUUUCACAGCCCUCCAUUUAGUAACGUGCCUCAUAAUGACCUUCCAGAUAUACUAUUUGGGUAGAUUCAAGUUGGACGGCGGGGUGAUCUACCGCGCGGCUCGCGAGCUGGUGUCGCGGCCGCUGCUGGCCAUCGCGCCCACCUACUGCGGCCGCUGCGUGCUGCUCGUCAUCGCCAACCUCGCCAACUGGGCCAUAGCCGCCUACGGGGUAGCUCAACACAGCCGGGACUUCGCAUCACAUCUCUUGCUGGUGCUGAUGUCCAACCUCUUCUUGUACACUCUCUUUUAUAUCGUCAUGAAGCUAUUGCAUAGAGAGUCUAUAAGGUGGUAUAGCUGGGUGUUCAUAGCGCUGACAUACGGCACUUGGUUCAGUUCAAGCUACUUUUAUUUAGACCAGAGCACUAACUGGGCGCUAACUCCAGCGCAGUCCCGCCAGAGCAACAGAGUAUGUUCACUCCUGCAAUUAUACGAUUCCCACGAUAUUUGGCAUUUCAUGUCAUCCACAGCCAUGUUCUUCUCAUUCAACAUGUACCUCACCAUCGACGAUAAUCUCUCCAGAACACCAAGAAACAACAUUAUGGUAUUUUAA